CUGUGCUUGGGCUUGGGCUUGGGCCUGUCUUCUCACAUUGGGCUAAUAAUAUUUAAAGGGAAAAUUACAUUGGGACACGUUUUUUUCCAUUUAUUUCUAAUAAUACCGUUUAUCUUUAAAUUAUUAAGUUUACCGUCAGUUUUACCGUUUUUGAUUUUUAUACCAUUUCUUUAUUUUUUGGCUUCUUCAACACGCUUAGUGGAUGAGAGGGGCUGACGUCAGUGUCAGUUGAAAUGUGAUAGGCGUCUUAUCAGCGUGGGCGCGUGGGCACGUUUCACUUUUUGAAUUUUUUUAAAUUUUUACCCAAAAGGUGGGUUGUAAACCCAAACCGCCUAUAUGCCUAUCAAUAUAAGUGUUAUUUCCAUUUUUUCCCAACUUCAUUUCUUUUCUCUAAACGUUUAGUAAUGGUGAAAACACGUUCGUCUAUAUCUCCAUCCGCGUCCUCCAAGGCGAUGAAUCCGAAGAACAAAUCAAAAGAAACAAUGUCCGAGGGUAGUGAUAGUGGAGAGUCUGAGCUUUCUUCGAAGAGGAAGAGGAACAAUGUUGGGUCUAAGAAGGGGAAACAUGCAGAUCGUCCGUUGAAAAAGAUGAAGCAAGUGAUUGAAGAAGACGAUGUUGAAUAUGAUAGUGACGAUUUGGAGAUUGGAGUUCCAGAUAGUAUUAAGGUAUAUAUAUUUUAUAUUUUGUUGUAAUUUUUUUGGUUUAUUGUCUGAUUUAAUAUUCUGGUUUUGAUGGAUUUUAUGGUUUACGGAUUUGUUUUUGGAUUUUUGUUCUUUUUUUUCGGUUUUCAAUUUAAGUUAUUGCAUGUGUGUUAUUUUUUUCCUUUUGAUGUUUUUUAGUUGUGUUUAGGGUUUUCUAUGGUUUUUUUAUUGUUUUUUUAUUGUUCAAUAAAUUUUAGUAUAUACAUUUCAAAUAUUAAUUUGUUUUUAGUGAUUAUUAUGUUUUCGGUUAUUUAGGGUUUACAGUUUGCAUAUAUAAUUUUUAUUUUAUUGUAAUUUUUUUAGUCUAUUUGUUGUUUUUAAUUUUUGUUUUGAUGGAUUUAUGGGUUACGGUUUUUAUUAGAAAUGUAUGUAUUCUUUUUUGGAAAACGUAACCGUUGAGUGGAAGUGUUUGUCGAUGAAAGUUAUGAUUAAUUUGAUUUCUUGAAAUUUGAUCAUAUCCAACGAAACCAAUUUUUUGAAAAAAUAUCAUGAACUGUGAUGGCCAUGAGUUUUAUUUUGGCGAAAGGAAUAUCAUGAACUGUGUUUGUAUCUUUUCUUGUUUUUUGUUUUGACGAAAGGAAUAUUUUCUUGGUUUCUAAUAACUUAGUUGGUUAUGAAACCGAAACGAUUGUUAAACAAGAACUUCUAAUAUUAUGACAGCUUCUAUUGUAACAAAAGGGUUUAUCGGAAAGUUUAAACACCAAAGAUUAAUUGAAAGGCUUUUGAGCAAUUCUGUUUUUCAGUUGAUAAAAUAUGUCAAAUUAUAGCUUGACCCAAAAUGUUAUAUUUUUCUCCCCUUAUCGUACAUGUUGAUAAACAAUGAGAAUAGAGAGUAGACAGUGAGUGAAAUAGAGCCAUAAGAAGAGUGUUGCUAGUAUUUCUAAUCAUGUAUACUGUUUAAGUGUUGUAAUUAACUAAUUAUCAAGUUGUUAAGACAUUACAUAUAUUUAUCUUUAAAAAAAGAACUCAGAAAUUUUGUAUAGAUUGUGCAACUAAUUGCAUUGUUAGGAACUUGUUUUGAAUGUGAUGAUCAUGAUAAUCAAUAUUGGGAUCAAGACCCACGAGUUUUUGUUUUUUCUUCUCAGAGUUAUAUAAUUUUGCUUGUAUUAUUGUUUUGUUUUUUUUUUUUUGGGAAUUUUGUUAGAAUAUAUUUUUUUUUAUUUGAGAAUGGAAAUGGGUUAAAUAUGUAUUGGUGUAUUCACUUUAUAAGUUUGAUUUUCCCAUUUUGAAAUGUUUUGGACUAUUUUGUUUGUGUGUUGUAGUUGUGGUAGAAUGUAUAUACGUUUUAGUUUAUAGUCAAAAAAGUGCUUUUUUAGUGUUAUUUCUGUUAUAGUUUAGUUUUACAGAAUCUUUAUGUUGCUUUUUAUUUGGGAUUUUUGGGUGUUUUAUUUCUGGUAGAAUGUAUAUACGUGUUAGUUUAUAGUCAAAAAAAUGCUUCUUUAGUGUUAUUUUUGUUAUAGUUUAGUUUACAGUAUCUUUAUGUUGAUUUAUGUGUUUAUUUAUUUUUGUAGGAGUGGGAGCAAUAUUUUAAACCUGAGAGUCGUGUUAAGGGUAAGAUGAUUUUCUUCCCUAAUACAUUGGAGAACAAAGUGAUUGCAAAUAUCAAUGCUAAGUUGAGCCCUGAACAAAUUAGGCUUUUUCGUAAAUCAUGUUUUGGUCAUUUGUUAGACAUGAAACCAAUUUUAUAUCAACCUCAGUUAAUACAUAAUGCUCUACUUAGGGAGGUACAUCAAAAAAAUGAGAAGGAGAUGUGGUUUAAGUUUGGGUGUGAAAAUUUUAGGUUUAGUUUGGCUGAGUUUGCGGUCAUAACUGGUUUACUGUGUAAUGGUGAUAAUGAUAUGAAAAAGUAUGCAAAAAGGGAGAAUGCAUUUGUUGAUAAGUAUUUUUUUCGAGCAGCAAGUCACUCAUGGUGCGGUUGAACAAAGAUUUAUGUUUAGUGAGUUCAAGAGUGAUGAGUAUGCUGUUAAAAUGGCAAUUUUGUACCUUCUUACCAAUGGGUUGAUUUGUAGUCCUGCUGUAAAAAAAGUUUCUGAUGAGUUGAUGAAUAUUGUGGGGCUUGGUGAAUACGAUAGUUUCCCUUGGGGGAAAAUUGUUUUUGAUCUUACAUUGCACAAUUUGAUGAUUGCUUUGAGGGGCAGAAAAAGAACAGAUCUGUCUGAUGAUUCAUGUGGUAAGGGAAAAGCUAAGGUGAAACGCAAACAGACGAAAGAAAAUAGUAAAACAUACAAGUUACCUGGUUUCCCUUAUGCAUUUAUGGUCUGGUUGUAUGAAACUAUUCCGUUAUGUCUUAAGGCAUCUAUAUGCCAAUAUGAUGCUUCGCAAGAGUAUAGGAUUUGUAGGUGGUCAAGUACUGGAAAUCCUAACUCUGGGGAGCUGGAUAGGAAAAUUUUAAUGUCAUCAAAGGUAAAUAAGUAUUUAUUAAAAUUAUGUAGUUGUUUCUGUUUAUUGGUGUGAUAUAUUUUUUGUAAACUUAUCUGCUUACUUUUUCUCGUUUUUUACUUUUUUAUUUGUAGCUGAAAGCUCAAGCUAUUCUCCCCACUGAUGUUGAAAGGAAGAUGAUGAAACUUGAAGGUUUUGAUUUCCCCGUGUUGGAAACUUCUGAAGAUGAUUUUGAUGAUGAGCCAUUACAAAGGAAGCAUUAUGAGAAAGGUGACCCAUCUGGUAUACAGAGAAGUUAUGGUGUGGGGAAAUCUGAUCUAGUAGAGUUAAAGAACAAUGUGAAGAUGCUUGUUGGUAAUCAAACAAAAUUUGAUGAGUCUUUGAGUUUGUUGAGUACUGAGAUGAAGUGUAGUGUUAAGGAAUGUGAGUUGAAUAUGAAGUCUUAUAUCGAUGCAAAAAUUGAUGGAAGUUUGAAGUUUUAUUUGGACAUGAAGUUCAAUGAGUUGAGAAAUUGCUUUUUAAGUGGAAAUGAUGGUGGAAAUGUUGUAGUGAGCGAUGAGGAUACUUUUAAUAUGAAUGAUGAUGACCUUGUUUUGACAAAUGAAGAAGAGCCAGUUGUGGAGGUUGAAAAAGCUGGAGAUGAAAUGUUGGUAGAUAAUAAGGUUGAGGAAGUUUUAGAUGUUACGAAUAUAGAGAAUAAGAAUGAUGGUGGUAGUCAGCCUACUUUUGAUAUAAUGUGUUUUAUUACAUCCCAACCUGGUGAUGAGAAAGGGGAUGAUGACAAGAAAGAAGUGGUUGAUGAUGAUCAUGAGAUGUUCAAGAACGGAUCUAACAAGUUAAGGGAAGAUGAUAAUGAUGGCGAUGACAAGGGUAUUGGUGGUGAUGGGGUUGGUGCCAAGGAAGUUAAAGGUGGAGGUAAUGUUGGUGGAUCUAGUGGUGGAGUGAGUGCUGGGGAGUCAGCUGUCAAAGAAGGCAAGGAGGUAGUUAGUGUAAAUGAGAAGGUUGCUGAUGAUGAGAUGAUUUAUGAAGAAACUAAAGAGUUUACUGGUGCAACUGAAAAGUUGGGUGAUAGUCAAGGUACAGAGGAUAGUAUAACACUAUCUGCUUUAGAGAAGAUCAAUGAUAUUGAGGAAACAAUUGCAAAGGGUAAGGUGUUGCACAAAGAAGUAAUGGCUUCUAAUCAGAGGAAUAUUGCAAAGGUUUCAUGUUUUAAAUGUUUAAUUAUUAUCUACCAACAUUUAUUUUUUAAUUUUGUUUAUGUACUUAUUAUUGAAACUUUUUAGUUUAUUUUUAUUAUUACUAUUUUUAUUUUUAAAAUUUGUGUUUGUUGUGUUUGUUGGUAGGAUUUGAAUGUAGAGUUUACGCCCAAGGUUGUUAAAAGGG